AUGGAUAUUUACGUGGCUUUGUUAUCCCUUUUCUUUUUUACCAAACCAGCUUCGGCUUUCGGAUCAGAUCAAGACUACCAGAUUGAUAUCAUCAAUGAACUUGACCUGGCAAAUGCCACCUAUGGAAUUACCCAAGUGGCGGGGCUUCACAACAGCAGCAAAGCCUUCCUUUUCCGAGAUGUUGGGAGAGCCGUUCACGCCCCGGCACACAUCACAGAGAAAGUGGUGCAGCUGUUCAGGAGUAAAAGCGAGUUUACCUUCUUGGCCUCCAUCCAGCAGAAGUCCUCCACGUCAGGAGUCAUAUUCUCCAUCCACGAGUCAGAACACAGUUACUUCGAGCUGGAGAGCAGCGGGGUGAGAGAGGAGAUCCGCUACCAUUACCGCUUCAAAGGCAAGCCGCGCUCCGAGUCCUUCCCCUACCGCCUCGCCGAUGGACAGUGGCACAAGAUCGCCCUCACCAUCAGCGCCUCCCACCUACUUCUUCACGUUGACUGUAACAGGAUUUAUGAGCGGGUGAUAGACCCUCCUCAGAUGGAGCUCACCCCAGGGAGUGGAGUGUGGCUGGGCCAGCACAGCCACAAGCAUGGACUGUUCAAGGGCAUUAUCCAGGAUGUGAAGCUGAUUUUUGCUCCCAAUGGCUACAUCACACAGUGUCCUAACCUUAACCGCACUUGUCCGACCUGCAGCGAUUUCCUGAGCCUGGUGCAAGGCAUCAUGGACCUUCAGGAGCUCCUGGCCAAGAUGACCCUGAAGUUGAACUACGCUGAGUCCAGGCUGACCCAGCUGGAGGGCUGUCACUGUGAGAGGACCUGCAGUGCCAACGGCCUGGUGUACCGGGAUAAGGAGCUGUGGGUGGAGCCCGAGAACUGCAGGAACUGUGCAUGUAAGAAUGGUGUGGUGGAAUGUCGCAGGAUUUUCUGUCCUCCGGCAAACUGCUCAGAGGACUCGCUGCCUGUGCAUGUUGAUGGGACUUGCUGCAAGAAAUGCAGACCAAAAUGUACCUACAUGGGCCAGACCUUUUAUGAAGGCCAGCGCUUUUUAUCCAGGAGCUGCAGGGAAUGCAAGAACGGCCUGAUGGUGAAAGUCACAGAAACCUGUCCAGAGAUCAACUGCACCAUCAGUGAACAGAUCCUACCAGAUGGUCGAUGCUGCAAUGUUUGCAGAGGUUAUGACUUCUGCGCAGAGGGACUCGUUUGUGGAGAAAACUCUGAGUGUAAAAACCGGAAUACUAAAGCAGAGUGUGAAUGCAAGAGCGGCUAUGCCUCCAUCCACGGGGAUUCCACUUACUGUGAAGAUAUUGAUGAGUGUGCGACCCAGAUGCACUACUGCCAGUCCAACACGGUGUGUGUCAACCUGCCCGGCAGCCAUCGCUGUGACUGUCUGCCAGGCUUCAUCAGGGUGGAUGAAUACUCCUGCACUGAGCAUGACGAGUGCGCCAGCGGCCAAAAUUUGUGUGAUGAGAACGCCAUCUGCACCAACACCAUCAGAGGACACCUGUGUACCUGCAAGCCGGGCUACGUGGGCAACGGCACCAUCUGCAGAGCCUUCUGUGAAGAGGGAUGUAGGAGUGGAGGUACCUGCGUGUCUCCCAACACGUGUGUCUGUCCCUCAGGAUUUACAGGACGCCGCUGUGAGACAGAUAUCGAUGAGUGCGCAGAGGGCCUGAUUGAGUGCCACAACCACUCCCGCUGUGUCAACCUGCCCGGCUGGUACCACUGUGAAUGCAGAAGUGGUUUCCAUGACAAUGGCUCCUACCUGCUCGAUGGGAGCUCCUGCAUUGACAUCGAUGAGUGCAGUUUGCAGACACACACCUGCUGGAAUGACAGUGUGUGUGUGAACCUCCCGGGAGGCUACGACUGUGUGUGUACAUCUGGUCCGGGUUGCAGCGGCGACUGCCCACAGGAAGAAGGAAUCAGACGUAAUGGAGAAGACUGGAAACCCAGCUUUGACCGCUGCGCUAUAUGCUCCUGCAAGGACGGGCAGACGUACUGCAGGAGGAGACCCUGUGAUUGCGGAGACCCAGACGAGGAUCUGUUCUGCUGUCCUGGUUGUGACAACAGGCCCAGCAGCCAGUGUCUGGACCAGAGUGGGCGCACACUCUACCGCAGCGGAGCAUCCUGGCUGUACGGCUGCCAGCAGUGCCGCUGCAUGGAGGGGGAGGUUGACUGCUGGCCUCUGGUUUGCCCCGUGUUGAUGUGCGAGUACACAGCGGUGGCGGAGGGUGAGUGUUGCCCGCGCUGCGUCACAGACCCCUGCUUGGCCGACAACCUGUCGUAUGACAUCCGGCAGACGUGCCAGGACCCUGCAGGCGUCACCCGCCUCAGUGGCGACACAUGGCAUAUGCCCAACUCGCCCUGCACCACCUGCAAGUGUAAGAACGGGAGCGUUUGCUGCUCAGUGGAUCUCGACUGCCUUCAGAACAACUAA